CUUCCUCCGAUGUCACCCCUAGGCGGAGGCGUCAGUAGACGGGCAGCAGCGGCACCCCUCCCGGCCUCGAGCUCCGUCACCGUGCGCUGCGCUACAGGGAAACGAUCGCCAUAGUGAACCGCACGCGAAGCACCUACGGACCCGUUAAACUGAGGAUAUCAGCGCAAGUUUGGCCGAUUUAAGUGGGGUGAGGCUGUGUGUUUUUCGUCGGAAAGGCGACUUGUGUUUGUGUGUGUUGGCGGAGAGUGGAAAAGACGGCAUCCGGCCUCCGAGAAGCAGGCGAGGGCAGGGACUCGCGACCGAACAACGUUUACCGUCUCUGGCCCCCCCUGCCUCAGAGGCCCAUGGAGAGGAUGAAGAGGUUUAAGAGACGUUUGUCGCUCACCCUGCGUGGUAGCCAGACGAUCGACGAGUCUCUCUCGGAGCUGGCGGAACAGAUGACCAUUGAGGAGAACAGCAGCAAGGACAGCGACAUUGUUCAUGAGAAUCUGAAGAUGGGUUCGGAUGGAGAGAGUGAUCAGGCCUCAGGAACGUCUUCAGAUGAAGUGCAGUCUCCCACCGGAGUGUGUCUGCGCACCCGAAGCCACCGCCGCAUUUCCAUGGAGGAUCUGAACAAACGCUUGUCUUUGCCUGCUGAUAUCCGGAUUCCUGACGGCUACCUGGAAAAGCUACAGCUGAGCAGUCCACCGUUUGAUCAACCCCUCAGCCGACGCUCACGCAGAGCCUCACUGUCUGAAAUCGGCUUUGGGAAACUGGAGACUUAUAUCAAACUGGACAAGUUGGGAGAGGGCACGUAUGCCACCGUUUUCAAGGGGCGAAGCAAACUGACGGACAACCUGGUGGCUCUGAAGGAGAUCCGGCUGGAGCACGAGGAGGGAGCGCCGUGCACCGCUAUCAGAGAAGUGUCAUUACUGAAGGACUUAAAGCACGCCAACAUCGUCACGCUUCAUGACAUCGUCCACACAGACAAAUCACUCACGCUGGUGUUCGAGUACCUGGAUAAAGAUCUGAAGCAGUACAUGGAUGACUGUGGAAACAUCAUGAGCAUGCACAACGUCAAGAUUUUCCUCUUCCAGAUCCUGCGAGGUCUAGCGUACUGUCACAGACGAAAGGUUCUGCACAGAGACCUCAAACCACAGAACCUGCUCAUCAACGAGAGAGGAGAACUCAAACUGGCCGACUUCGGUCUGGCACGAGCCAAGUCUGUUCCCACAAAGACGUACUCUAAUGAAGUGGUGACCUUAUGGUACAGACCUCCUGAUGUGCUGCUGGGCUCCUCUGAGUACUCCACGCAGAUCGACAUGUGGGGUGUUGGAUGUAUAUUUUAUGAAAUGGCUGCAGGUCGGCCGCUUUUCCCAGGAUCCACUGUUGAAGAUGAGCUGCAUCUAAUCUUCAGAUUACUGGGCACACCCACAGAAGACAACUGGCCCGGCAUCUCAUCCAUCGAGGAGUUCAAAUCCUACAACUUCCCCAAAUACAAGCCGCAGCCCUUCAUCAAUCACGCACCCAGGUUGGACACUGAAGGGAUCGAGCUCUUAUUGUCUUUUCUAAGGUAUGAGUCCAAGAAGAGGAUUUCUGCAGACGAAUCCAUGAAACACUCCUACUUCAAGAGUCUGGGCAUGAGGAUUCACACACUGCCAGAAAGCAUAUCUAUAUUCACACUGAAGGAGGUGCAGCUCCAGCGAGAUCCUGGUUACAGGAACUCCUCGUACCCAGAGACAGGAAACAGCAAGAACAGACGGCAGAGCAUGCUGUUUUAAAGCUGCGUUCCCUCUCACACACACACACAAACACACACACACACACACACACACACAGGCUGAUGGCUGUGCAGUACAGACAGACAGACUCUCUUUAGUGUGUGCAUGCGUGAUGAUGAGUCUCUCUCUCCAGCAUGCAGAGCCACAAAAACUCCCAUCAUCCUCCUCCUCGUGUGCAAACGUGUGAUUCUGUACAUAUUUAUUGACGGAGGGGUUGUUUUUGCUGCUAACUGACUACUGUCUCUUCAUAACUUCCUCACAUCAGUCCCACGUCGAUGAGGUUUUUUAAAUACAAAAAAACGAGGAUUAUAAUUCUGUUGAAAUGUCGCAGCUGUCCUUUCGUUGGAGUGUUUGGAGUUCCUCAUCAUUAUUUUUGGCCUGGAAAACUAAAAGACUGGCUCAUUCCGAAACGUGUCAUUUCAAGAGAAAUCCAAAAUAGCGCCCCGAAAAAAGUGGAUGUUCCUCAAAACGGGGACCAUCACCGAAUCUGAAAGUGUGAAAAACAAACACUGGACCAGCAGGAACUUUGUGACCUCAACGUUUUCAACUUCUGCUCUUCUUCAGAGUGAAAAAAGAAGAGAAGAGCUACCUGUCGGGAUUGAAGUGUGUGAAUGACGGAUGCUUUUUUAUUUCAUUUAGUUUUGUAUUCUUUAUUUCACAGUUGGAGCUCAUCAAAGGAUUUUUCUCCUAUUAUAAGAAACAGUUCACACACAAAUACCGAUUCACUCACCCUCUGUUUCUUCUCAGAAGAAGAUAUUUUGAAGAAUGUUGGAAUCCAUAGUAUUUAUUAUGCAAAUCCAAGAUGGAAUUUAUUUUUAAUUAUCAUGAAUCUGUGACUGCCAGUUUCUAACAUUCUGCUUUGUGUUCUCAGUGAAACUGAGGUAAACUAUGAGCAAAAAUGGAUUUAUUUUGUUCCCGAUUAUAAUUGUUUGAGGUGAACUGUCCCUUUAACAGAGCUUGGCAAGUAGAAAUCUUUAUAUUUCAUUUUUUGUUUGUUUGUUUUUUUCUGUUGGAGCUCAUCAAAAUGACUUCUCUCCUACUAGAAGAAACAGUUCACGCAAAAAAACAAAGAAGAUAAUAAGAAGAUAUUUUGAAGAAUGUUCCAAACUGUUGAAUUCUAUAGUAUUUCAUUUCUAUUUACGACUACCAUUUUUCCAAAAUUUCUCCUUUUUGUUCUUAGUAAGUAAACAGUAUUUUUCCCUUGAUCGUUAUUUUUUUUUUUAGGUGAAUUGUCCCUUUAACAAGAGCUUGGCGACUAUAAAUAUGUUGUUUUUUUGUGGGGUUUUUUGUUUUCAAUUUUGCAGUUUUUUUAUACUUUAUUUUACAAUUGAAGCUCAUCAAAUGACUUUCCUCCUAUUAAAAGGAACCGUUCACACAAAAACCGAUUCAGUCACCAUCCGUUUCUUCUCAAAAGAAGAUAUUUUGAAGAAUGUUCCAAACGGUUGAAUUCCAUAGUGUUUCAUUUGCAUCUAUGACUCCCGGUUUUCAGCAUUUUUCAAUUUUAUUUCCUUUUUGUUCUCAAGGAAACUCAAGUAAACUGUGAACAAAAUGGAAAGAAGAUAUUUUGAAGAAUGUUCCAAACUGCUGAAUUCCAUGGUAUGUCAUUUGUAUCUAUGACCACCAGUUUCCAACAUUCUUCAAAAAUCCUCCUUUUUGUUCUUAAGUAAACUGAGCAAAAAUGGAUUGAUUUAGUUUCCGAUUAUAAUUGUUUGAGGUGAACUGUCCCUUUAACAGAGCUUGGCGAGUAGAAAUCUUUAUAUUUCAUUUUGUUUGUUUUUUUAUUCUUUAUUUUACAGUUGGAGCUCAUCUAAAUGAUCUUUUUUUGCUAUUAAAUGGAGCAGUUCACACCCCAAAUAACGAUUCACUCAACCUCUGUUUCUUCUUAAAAGAAGAUAUUUUGAAGAAUGUUCCAAACUGUUGAAUUUUAUAGUGUUUAAUUUGUAUAAGACUACCCAACAUUCUUCAAAAUGCCUCCUUUUUGUUCUCAGCGAAACUCAAGUAAACUGUGAGCAAAAUUUGGUAAUUUUUUUCCUGAUUAUACUUUUUGAGGUGAACUGUCCCUUUAACAGAGCUUGGCGACUAUAAUUAUUUGUUUAUUUCAUUUUUGUGUAUUCUCUAUUUUACAUUUCGAGUUCAUCAAAAUGUCUUUUCUCCUGUUUAAAGGAACAGUUCAUGGAAAAAAUAUUCAGUCACCCUCCGUUUCUUCUUAAAAGAAGAUAUUUUGAAGAAUGUUCCAAACGGUUGAAUUCCAUAGUGUUUAAUUUGCAUCUAUGACUCCCAGUUUCCAACAUUCUUCAAAACGUCUCCUUUUUGUUCUCAAGUGAACUGUGAGCAAAAAAUGGAUGAAUUUUUUUCCGAUUAUAAUUGUUUGAGGUGAAAUGUCCCUUUAACAGAGCUUGGCGACAAUAAAUAUUUAUAUUUCAUUUUGUUUGUUUUUUAUUCUUUAUUUUACAGUAGGAGCUCAUCAAAAUGACUUUUCUCCUAUUAAAAUAAGCAGUUCAAGCUAAAAAAAAAAGGGAAAAAAAACGAGUCACUCACCCUCCGUUUCUUCUUAAAAGAAGAUAUUUAGAAGAAUUUUCCAAACUCUUGAGUUUCAUAGUAUCUAAUUUGUAUCUACGACUACCGUUUUUCCAACAUUCUUCAAAACUUCUCCUUUUUGUUCUCAAUUAAACUGCGAGCAGAAAUGGAUUGAUUUUGUUCCCGAUUCUAAUUUUGAGGUGACCUGUCUCUUUAACAGAGCUUGGCGAGUGUGCGCUGCUUGUAAAAGAGCGUAUGUGUGUGAUGAUGGAGAUCAGUAACUGUACAGAGCCUGUUGAAGAUGAGCUAGUUUCAUUAACAGUAUUACGAGAUUUUUGUUUAAAUGUUACAUAUUAUUGACCCUUCUGUGAAUAAUGGUAUCUCAGUGUGGCAUGUUGGAGUCCGACUGUCCCACAUUUGUGCUUGAUUUUAUUCAGAAGAGAUCUACGAUGUUGUGUGUAUAAAAGAAAAAGUAACAACGACAAAAAGGAUAAAAAACAAAGACUCUGACAGCAGCGUUGGACCAAUGUUUCUCUCUCUCCAGCAUUUAUAAAGAUGAAGAGGACAUCAGAGUUUAGAUGACGACUUGUUUUUGUUUUGAACUGACAGAUGUUGAUUAUUAAUAUUGUGAAAUGGGAGUGGAUUGUUUCAGGAGUGUGUGAGUGAGUGUGAGAGUGAGUGUGUGUGAGUGUGUUUGUCUUGUAAGCUCCGCUCUGUGAAACACUGACGCUCUCGGGUCAGUCUGUCGGCUCAAUUGACCGUUAACUCUUUGUACUGCAGAUAUUUAUUUCUCUUAAUCAGUGAAGUAAACAUGGUCUGUUUCAUACAG